ACAGACGAGCCUGAUUCGGACAGAUAUUGGACUUGGGAGUUCAGGGCAGCUUCCAAACUCAGGAAAACCAGGAAGCCCAUAUUUUCCAUUUUCUGCAUCAAGCUCACGCCGGAGGCCCUUGCAGGAUACCCCCGCUCUGGAUCCUGUACAAACCAAGAAAAUAAGAAAGGUUCCCCCUGGCUUGCCUUCUUCUGUCUAUGCACCCUCUCCAAGUUCUGAUGACUUCAACAGAGAGUCUCCAAACUAUCCAUCCCCUAAACCACCCAACAGUAUGUUUGCUAGCACUUUUUUUCUUCAAGAUGGCAGUCAUAACUCAUCAGAGCUGUGGAAUUCCUCAAAUGGAAUUGGUCAACCGGGCUAUGGUGGAAUGAUGGGCAGUUCAUCAUCUCACAUGUCACAGUCAAAUAACUAUGGCAGCCUACAUGACCGUUUGAACUAUCCACCACAUCCGGUUUCUCCAACAGACAUAAAUGCCAGUCUUCCUCCAAUGUCCAGCUUCCAUCGAGGUGGCACCACCAGCUCAUCUUAUGUGGCAUCUUCUCACACACCACCAGUCAAUGGAUCAGACAAUCUCAUGGGAAGUAGAAGCAACGCAGCUGGUAGCUCACAGACUGGAGAUGCACUUGGAAAAGCUUUGGCAUCUAUUUAUUCUCCAGACCACACCAGCAGUAGUUUCCCAUCAAAUCCUUCAACACCAGUUGGCUCACCAUCUCCUUUGCCAGGUGCCAACCAGUGGUCUAGACCAGGAGGGCAAACACCGUCAUCUCCAAGCUAUGAAAAUUCCCUCCACUCCCUGAAAAAUCGGGUUGAACAGCAACUCCACGAGCAUUUGCAAGAUGCUAUGUCAUUCUUAAAGGAUGUCUGUGAGCAGUCUCGUAUGGAAGAUCGUUUGGAUAGGCUUGAUGAUGCUAUAAAUGUACUGCGGAGCCAUGCAGUAGGACCUUCCACAAGCAUACCCGCUGAUAUCCACAGCUUACUGGGCGCAGCACACAAUGGUCCUAUUGUAAGCCUGACAUCCAACUAUGGAACAGCUGGACUUGUACCAAACAGACAGACCUCAAUGUUGGGAAAUCAGAGAGAAGAUGCAGUGAGCCUAAACAGUGAUCAUUCAGCUCUGUCCAGCACAGUCUCUGCUGCAAGCACAGAAAUAAACCAUAAAGCCCAAGACAAUUAUAGAGCAUUAUCCGGUGGAUUGUCAAGCCAGAGUAUAAUGGCUGCCCUUAUAGAAGUAAAGUCGGAGCUUAAAGAAAAGGAUGAAAAUAUUCAUGACCAGGGCUCAUCAGAUGACAUGAAAUCAGAUGAUGAGGGAUCACAGAAUGAAAUGAGAAGUUCUAGAGGGAGGGCAAGCAGUAUUAAUGAAGACGAGGACUUAAAUCCAGAACAGAAGCUCGAGAGAGAAAAAGAGAGGCGAAUGGCAAACAACGCAAGAGAGCGCUUGCGUGUUAGAGACAUUAAUGAAGCCUUUAAAGAGCUUGGGCGCAUGUGCCAGUCACAUCUAAAGAGUGAAAAACCACAGACGAAACUGCUAAUUCUUCAUCAGGCUGUAGCCGUUAUUCUUAAUCUAGAGCAGCAAGUCAGAGAGAGGAACCUCAAUCCCAAAGCAGCCUGCCUUAAAAGAAGGGAAGAAGAAAAAGUUUCUGCCGUAUCGGCAGAACCUCAAAACACACAUCCAGGGACUCAUCCUGGACUUACUGAUACUACCAACCCUAUGGGUCAUAUGUAAACCAUCAGCCAGGACUCCCACACUAUGGAUAGGAUAUAUAGAAGGUGUUCUUUUCAUCACAAGGACACAAAACUAGCAUAUUGACGACACAAAUCUGACAGGAUAAGGAGAAAAUUAAGAAAUGGGGGGACUUGAAUCAAGAUGCCCAACACGCAAUCUGAUGAUGAAAGCAAAUGUGGAACAUCUGCAUCAGAAGUUGAAAUCUGCUCAUAUUCAGCCCACAUGUGAACAUAUCUUACUGUUUCAGUGUGUCGUUCUUGCACAAUCAGACUGUCCUAUCUCCACACAACGUGGAAACUGCCUUGUGCCUAAACUGAAUUGACAAAUGCAUUGUAUCUAUAAAUUUUAUUUAUUACGGAGCUGUUGUAAAGGUCUACAUAUAAAAAAGGGAAAAGUUGGGCUGAAAGUGGUAAAGAUUUCAGUUGAUGCCAGCAUUUGUUAGAUCUGUUCUCAUAUAGAGAAUACAAAGAUUGGCAACCUGUGACCCUUUAGCAUUCCCAGCAUACCUAUUAGUGUCUUAAAGAAGGAAGGGAAAUGGCUUUUUCUGUCAUUUCCACUCCUUUUGCCAUAUACAUAGUGUUUUCCUUCUACAGGAAAAUAUUCCUUGGUAUAGCUUUCUUUUUUUCUUUUUUCUCCUUUUUUUUUUUUUUUAAUUCUCUGGUAAUCUGAACAGUUAUGGUCAUAGGUAGCCUCCGAGACCAAGCUCCAUACUUUGACUAAUUUACUUUCCUAAAGAAAAUUAAGACUGGAGCAGUGCUGUGACCUAGUGAUUUUCCAUUGUGUUUUUCUGGAAUAUUUGUUGAUAAAUUUAAAACAACCUUAAACUUCACGAUAAAACAGAACUGUAAUCUGAAGGGGUUAGUGUAACAUAUCAGACCAUCUUCUUGUCUCAUGCAGUACCUUCUACCUGUAGGAC